AUGGCACCGUUGACUAUUUUUUUUCUGCUGUUCUUUUAUUUGAAAAAUUCAAUUGUUACUGCAGUAUUUGCUGAUGAAGCUUAUACGGUAGAUUGGCAAAUACAGAAUAUCGGAACCUACAAUUGUGUUUUAGAAAAUUCGCUCGAUGAUAUAUUGGUUAUUUUGUCAGAACUCGACAGCAAGACUUUAUUAGCCUAUGUGAAUGAAACUGAUGGUUCCCUAAUUUCAAGAAAUCUAUUAGAUUAUAAAGUAUCGGAUGCCAUGAUGAUCCCAAAUUCUGCUAAUUUUGUUUUACAGAACGAUAAGACAGGCAAAUUAGAAACCUAUGAAAGUUUACAUGGAUACCCCGUUCAGAAUUUUACCAUUGACCUUACAGAUUUUAAACCUUCUUGUAAACCGAACCUCGAGAACAUUAAACGUUCGAAUGAAUUGAUCCAAGUGAUUGAUCCUGAAUCCAAAUUGACGCUAUUCCAUGCUAUCUUACCAGCAACUGUAAAAGAUAUCGUACUGCUUUCUACUAAUUAUGUAUCCAGUUUGAAGGUUUUUUCAUUACUUGAUAAUUCCAGCUACGUGUUUCAAUCUUACAAUAAUGGCGAAUUAGUAAACGAAUGGACUAGAAAUGAACUCUGGAAUGAGAUUAAUGCUCAUACUGUAGUGGAAAUUGCUGAUAAAUCAAUGGAAAAUGUAUUAGAUGAAAUGAUAAUCGAAAAUAAUACAUCGAACCCAAUAUUAGCAUAUUUUACUAGGUUGACUAUGAAUUGGAAAAGAUUUUUACAAUUGAUGGAAAGGAAUGGCUAUAAUCCAGGUAGAGUGUUGACUGAUAUCUUAUCUUUGAAUAAUAACGAAGAGUUUGACUCAAAGUUUAUUGAAAAUCAAAAUUUGAAGUUUGGGUUCUCUAAAUACUUAAUCGUCGCCACUGAAGCAAAUGAACUUAUUGCAUUAGAUAUUGUUCAUAACGGUAAAAAGGUCUGGUCUCUAAAGACUAAAUUGACAAACAUAAAAUUCCUUGAUUUUGUCCCCACCACUGAUAAAUUGGUUGUAGUUGCAGAGGACGGUAGUUUCGAGAAAUAUGAUUUAUCCAACAGAAACAAUCCCAAAUUCCUCACUAGUGGAAGAGUUGCAGUAAAUGACGUUAUAUCUUUUAAAAGAGUGACCGAUAAAGGAUUAGAAAACGAUUAUUAUUUGGUUAAAAGUAAGGACGGUAAAAAAGCCACCAUAAAUCUUGGGGGUCAGGAUAAAAACAUUAACAAUUCAGAUACGAUCUAUGUAACAGAUCAUGAUAAACAUGGUGUUACUGGUUACGUUAUGAACUCAGAAAAUGGUGAACUUAUACAUACUUGGAGUUUCGAAUUAUUACCAAACCAAGAAAUUAUAAACUUUGUUGAGAAGGAUAUUUCAACAAAACCAGUAUCAAUUGCGAAUGUUCUAGGGAAUAGGGACGUCUCAUAUAAGUAUUUGUAUCCAAAUCUGGCAGCGUUAAUUAUUACCAAUAAAGAUACUGGCGAAAUCUAUAUCAACGUCAUCGAUACCUUAACUGGACAAUUGUUAGUUAACGAAAAACAAGAAGACAAACCAGAUUUCAAUCUACCUAUCAACUUGAUAUUUGGUGAACAUUGGAUAAUCUAUUCCUAUUUUAGUUCUGAGCCUGUUCCUGAAACAAAAAUUGCUGUGAUUGAAUUAUAUGAAUCAUUGAUACCAAAUCAAAGGUUAUCCAAUCCAGAAAGUGCUGGUAACGCGUUAUUGGGUGCAAACCUCCCAGAAAUUGUAAGCAAAUCAUUUUUAUUCCCCGAAAUAAUAAAAACAAUGACAUUGUCUAAAACGAAAUUUGGUAUCUCUGUCGAUGCAAUUAUUAUGGAAUUAGAAAGUGGCCAAAUAACGUUUAUUCCAAAAUUUGUUUUAAAUGCUAGACGUAAAGAAGAGAAAGAUAUGACCGAUUCAGACAAGAAGGAGUUUAUGGCAAGUCCAUAUGUGGCUGCAAUUCCAAUUAAUGACCAUUUCGUAAUUACACAUUUUAGAAAUCUUCUAAUGGGUGAAGGCUCUAAAAUAAUUUCACUUCCAACAAAUUUAGAAUCCACUAGUAUUAUCUGUGAUAUUGGUAAUGAUAUAUUCUGUACUAGGAUUUCCCCAUCUGGACAAUUUGAUGUUAUGAGGCCAAAUUUUGAAAAGGGCAAAUUAUUAGUAACAAUGAUCGUGAUGCUUCUACUAUGUUACUUUAUCCGUCCUUUCGUUAUUACCAAGAAGUUGAAAGCAAUGUGGCUAGUUAAAGAGUAG